UGAAGCUUCCCUAGCAACAAAGAUUUUGCUUUAAAUUACGAGAUAAACUCCGACCUCAUUAUUACGUCACAGCAUUGCCAAAUAUUUGGAAUUGUGCAAGACAGCUAAAACUACAAUUACAUAACCGGACAAAGCGAUUCAUCGACAACAACUUUAAGGUAAAAAUAUGGCGUAUUACCAGCAAGGCGGUUACCAACAAGGGGGUUAUCAAAUGGGAUUCCAGCCGUACCAACAGCCUCAGUAUCAACAAUACCAACAGCCAAGCCAGCAGUAUGGAAGUUAUGGAGGAUAUUUUCAACAAAACGUCUUCUCUGUCAACGCAUGGCAGGCAUUCCAAUUUGGUUCCCAAGACGAACUAUGGCAUGUUUUUAACACCGAGAUGAUGAAAAAUCCUGCAAACGCGCAAAGACAGGCAAUCCAAGCUGAAGAUCUUAUGAACAUCAUGAAUAAUUGUCACACCAUCAGGAACUAUUUCAGAAUUAAUUGGAGUAGAGAGUUAUGCAGCAUUAUGAUAGCUAUGUUGGACCGCUCACAAGACGGUUUCAUGCAGUGGAAUGAAUUCAUGGAAUUACAGCAAUGUCUGAUCGCUUGGUUUAGAGUUUUUCAACAAUAUGAUAGCGACAGGUCCGGCUUCAUCGAGGCCAAUGAACUUGUCAACGUCAUCACUAACCUUUACGGUUAUCGGAUAACACCACAGGCCACAGAAACAAUUUUAAAGCGAUAUUCCCGAGUUCUACCCCGUGGCGGCGGCAAUGCCUGUCUUUGUGCUUUUGAUGACUUCGUGUCCGUCAGCGUCAGACUUAGGGCUUACACAGACGCUUUCAGGAAAAGGGAUGCCAUGAUGCAUGGACAGGAAACAGGAAAUUGUACAUUUGGAUAUGAUGACUUCUUACGAUGCGUGAUGUGUCUGUGAAGAGGUCCUGCAAUAAGUAAACUAAAUGCUCAUUUCAUUUGUAUAUUCCUAAAACUUUUCAGCGCCAUUUUUAAAGAUUAGCAGUGUCCAUCAUAACGUUUUCGAAGUGUUCACCUGUUUUACCUAAUGAACCAAAAGUGUGUUACUAGACUACGUGUGUGGUGAAUGGGUACAUAUACUGUUACGUGUUAUGUAACCAUUCUCGGUAUUCUAUUUACUUGUCUGCUAUGAAAUACAUAUUUAUAUACAUUUAAUGCAUCGAAAAAAAAGUUGUACUAAUCAAAAGGCAGGGUAAUUAUAUACGCGCGACAUGGAGUGCUGAUUCAUUUUACUAGUGAGUGUUAACUCAUUGACAAAUAUAUUAAAUCUUAGUUUCCAUUUUCGAAAUGUUAUGUACAUUUUGUUGUUUGUUUACACAAUACUUUAUUCUGCCAAUUUUAAAAUCACAUGAUUGUACUAUAAAAUAUUGGGUUAGUAACCUCUAACAGCUGCUUUCAAUCUUGAUUACAAUGGGCCAAUAAAAUAUUCAAAUGAA